GUCAGUCCUCUGAAGAGGCUGGGGCGUCAUCGGACUGGUUAGGAGCGCUGGUCUUCUGCUGGGACACUCAGUCGCGUCGGCACCGCGGAGCGGGCUGCGUCAAGUGGCUGGCCCUGCGCGGCACUCGCCGGCUCUCUGGCUCGGGGCUGCGGCGCCUCGGCUGGAGCGAACCCCUGUCCCGGCGCGGGGCGGCUGCGGGCGGCCGGCAGGCACUGCCUUGCGUGUGAGUGCACUUCACUCACAUAGCCAGCCCAAGGAGCGUCUGAGGGUAACAGCAAACUCGUGCCAUCGCGUCUCUGCACUUUUUUUUUUAGUUGUUUGACAUUUCUUGGUGCUUUUUGGUUUUUCGCUGUUGUUGGGUGCUUUUUGGUGUGUUCUCGCCCUUUUUUCAUUUGCUCAUCCUUUUUGGCGCUAACUCUUAGGCAACUAGCCCAGCAGCCCGAAGCCGGGCAGCCGCGCUCCGCGGCCCCGGGGCAGCGCGUCGGGCAUUGCAGCGGAGACCCCCGACACGGGGCGCACGGGGUUCCGCCAGGCCGAGGCCAGGGGCAAGCAGGGCGCCCGGGCCAGGCGGGAACCAGGCAACCCGAGGUGGCCCAGCAACCAUGCUGAAGAUAGCCAGGAAGAUCAAAGCCAGGGCGCUGGACAGCGAGAAGAAGACGGCGGCGGCUGCGGCCGAGGUGGCUGCCGAAGCUGCAGCGGCGGCUGCAGCGCUGGCCGAGCCGAGAGAGCCGCCCGCACUGUGGAAGAGCGGGGACCCCAAGAAGCCCUGGAAGAACCCCAAGAACCUGCCGUGCGAGGUGCCCCCCGAGAAGUUCCUGACCGAAAAGGAGCGGAGAAAGCUCGAGAAGAAGCUGCUGGAGCAGAGGCGAAAGGCGGAGAAGAAGAAGGAGAAGGAGAGGAAGAAGUUGGAGAAGAUGCAGAAGAAGAAGAAGAAGGGGUCAGCAGCCCCGGAGGCGGCCCGCUACCCGGAGGCCGCCGCCGCCGCCGCCGCCGCGGGCGCCGCGGAGGGCGCAAGAGGGGGCGGCGAGGGCGCCGGCAUCGGGGGCACGAGUAGGAUCUGGGCCCAGUGGUUCUGGGACGAGGACGACGCCUACUACGCUGAGCCCCGCGUGGGGGGCGUCGCGUGGCUGCCAGGGUCACCGAAGUCCAGCGAGCUGAGCGCCCACCUGCCCCUCAUGGUCUUUCUGAUGUUCUCCGUGCGCAGCCCCUCGUGGGUGCUCAACUUCCUGCUCCAGAAGCGCACGGAGCAUGGCCGUGGCUGUGGCUUCGUGUUUGGGGCGACCUGCUGCUUCAGAAUGUUCCUGGGCUGCGCCUUCUUCUCCUACUGGGGUGGCCGCACCAAGCGCAGAGGCCGCGGGCGCCCCGGGGCCACGGGGUCCUUCGGCUCGGGCCACGGCGCCCGACGCCGGGGGCGCGGGGAGAGGCUCAUCUAGUCCCCCCCCCGCCCCCCACCCCCGCCACCACCACCACGACACCACCAUCACCACCACCAUCGCUGUCAGUGUGGAGUUUUAUUAAGUUUGUGUGUGUGUGUGAACACAUUUUCCUUUUCGGUUGCUCUGUGCUUUGGUUCGUGCUCGCCCAGCUUUUCCACUCCGCUCCGCUCUCUCUGUGCCUCUCUCUCUCUCAGAAAAUUUUCCGAAGUCCGGGCUCUGGCUCGUGCUCCCUCCCCUUCCGCCCACCCCGGCCCCUCGGCGGCGCCUGCGGGAGGAGGGGGGCGGCGGCCUCGGGGGCCGCCAGGCUACGCGGCCUGGGGGGUGGAGCGUUGGCGUCGUGCGAGGGGUCGUCACUGGCUCAGGGCCGCCCCCUCUCCCCCCGCGGCCCGCCCGUUGGGGGCCCAAGCCCGGGGGGCGAGGGGGCGGCUCCCCGGCCUGUCCCGUCCCGUCCCGGCCGGGUGCGGGCGGAGGGACCCCCUCCC